CUGAAAAAGAGAAAAACCCAGAAGCAAAGAGAAAUAGAGCUGAGCUUGGAUUUGGGUCUGAUCCAUGUCUCCAAAACCGGCGCCGAGUGUCUGAAAGAGGUCGCCAAAGUCAAGGAUGUUGGUCAGAAGCUGUCCAGGCUUGACGAUUACGUCAACAGAUUGGAAGAUGAGCGCCGGAAGAUCGAGGUCUUCCGCCGGGAGCUUCCUCUCUGCAUGCUCCUUUUGAACGAUGCGAUUCUGAAAUUGAAGGAGGAAGCGUUGCGUUGCAAGGAAUUGAACGAUCGAGCUGCUGCUGGUCAAGGAGAUGGAGAAGAAGGGGAGAUGAUGAACAAGAAGAGCUGGAUGGAUUCCGUGCAGCUAUGGAAAACUGGAGAUUCCAACCUGGUCGAAUCCGAUUCAGAACCAAAACAG